AUGGGGUCCUGGAGAAGGGGGCGGGGUGGCCUGAUUGGCUCGCCCGCCCCUGGGGGCAGCGGGAGGGCCCCGCCCAGCCAGGGGAGCCGCUGCCGGUUCUCCUCCCCUGCCCUCCCCUCCCGCGUCCCCGGGCAGGGAAUGUCUUGUUCCCGCCGCUCCCUCCCCGGGGCCAGAGGGCAGGGCGGGCCGGGCGGUGUCCUACCCUCUUCUCCUCCUCCCCACCUCCUCCCCGCCCAGGUGCGAGCCGCCGCCACCACCGCUGCCGCCCCUGACUCACGCCGCCCCCGGGCUGGCGCGGUGCAGGGUGUGGGACCCGGUGAGGGGCUGGGGGGGAGCCUGGCGGAGAACGGGCCACCCGGCGCCAUCUGGCGGCUGUGCCCUGCGCGGGCGAGCGCCCCUGGCGGCUACUGCCAGGGAGCCGUCUUCUCCACCUCCACCGCCCCAGCGGGUGAGCCGCGCCCCCUUGCCAAGGCCGGGGCGCGGAACUGCUCGCCCGCCCCCAGGGAAAGUGGGCUGCGGCCCUGUGGGAAAGGACUCCUACCCUCAGACCCUUGCCUGCCAGGGCUCCCUGUUGGGGUGGGGAGAAUAAUUCCCUCACUCUUCCCUUAGGAUUGAAUCCACCCCUGUUCUGUACAUAGCCUUUUCUGUUGGUCUUGUUGAAAUCUAGUUUCAGAUUUUUAACUACCCAAUUCUGCUGGGGGUGGGGGUAUCUCCCCCGCCUUCCUCGCUGGGUGCUGGACCCCGCUCGGGCCUGGGCUCUGCCUUGCACUAUUUCCCCUCCCUGGCCUGGCGGCCCCCCCCCCCACCUCCUUAAAAGGGGCAGGUUCAGGGGCCCGGUGCUCUCCCUCCCUCCCAUGCACCCCCAUGCCCAUUUGCACAGCUGCCCAGGUACCCCCGAUAAUGGGGGGGGUCACAGGGAGGGGGUAGCGGGACCAGUCCUUGUCUCUAUUUAAAAAGUGAUGAUGUAAUAUAUUGGGGUAGGGGGAGGUCAGGUUGCUCUGGGCCUCAUCUUUGCAUUUCAGGUGAUGGGGGAGCCCAGGGCUGAGGAGACCCGGGGCCCAGCCCCAGGGAGUGAGGACAAUGUGGCCUCCCCCCUCCCCCCUUGCGGCUUCUCCACUCAGUGCCUUAAGGGGGGAGGCGAUCCCCCCUCUCCUGUUCCCCUCCCCUUCCCUUGCCCCCCACCUCGGGUGUAAGCGACAGGAAGAAAUAAUAAUAAUUUAAGAUUCA